UUCGUUCCUUAUCCGUUCUCCACUGAAUCAUAAUGCUCACUUUCUCACCAGUCGCGAUGUCCUCUCUCCCUUGGAGACGUUGGUAUUGCUGAUCUGCCGUCCGGAGGCUGCCUCACCGCCGGCGGUCACCGAUUGAGUUCCUGUAGGAGGUACUCUCUUCGUUGCUAUUGUUGGGGACAAUUGCAUCAUUUCAGCUUGUCAAAACAGGAACUUUUAUGGAGUGCGGGACUUUCUUGGAUUGCGGUUCACUAAGGAGAGUGAAGUUUGUCGAGAGAUUUGUGUAUCCGCUUUGUAGUUGUCGUUACUGUUCUAGCCGAUGUUAUAUUUCUUGUGGUAUUGGAGGAUUUAGAAAACAGUCUCUUUUGUGGGCGAGCUGGUUGCCUGUUACCGAUGCUAAAUCUGCCUCUUCUUCUGAGCUCAACAAGCCGAUUCCUUCCAGAAAGUCUUUCUAUUUGGCUGGGGCAUUAGGUCAAGAACAGCUAGGGAAGCCACAUUUGGAAGAGCAACCAAGGGCAAAAAAUGUUGACAUGCACAUAGCCGAUCCUGAUGCUUUAAGUGGUGCACAAAAGGAAAAGGCAUUCGAUGCUGAUUGUGAAAAAGAAGGAGAAGAAAUACUAGGUUUUGAAGGAAAUGGUAAGAGAAAUAGGAGGGUUGAAAGGGUUGAUGUGCAUGCAAUUUCAUUGAGCUUAAUGCAUGCUAAAACCGCAGACGAUGUCAAAAAAGAACUCAAGAACUUGGAUACCUUGCCUCUGCCUGUUUACUCAUCCAUGAUCAGGGGUUUAGGGGCUAAGAAGAGUUUAGAUUCAGCAUUCGCUAUUGUUGAGUGGUUGAAGUGGAAAAAUAAGGAGACUGGUAGUUCUGUCUCUCCAAACUUGUUCAUCUAUAACAGCCUCUUAAGCGCAGUGAAGCUGACUCAGGAUUUUGAUAAAGUCGACGAAGUAAUAGAGGAUAUGAAAUCACAAGGCAUCACUCCUAAUGUUGUGACUUAUAAUACUCUGAUGUCGAUUUACCUUGAACAAGACAGGUAUCAAGAUGCUCUAAAUGUGUUAAAUGAUAUCAACAACAAUGGACUAUCUCCUUCGCCUGUCACUUAUUCAACCAUCUUACUGUCAUACAAGAAGAUGGGCGAUGCGUUUGGUGCAGUUGCUUGCUUUGCCCAGUUUAGAGACAAGUAUCAGAGAGGUGAAAUUGGCAAAACUAACUGUGAUGAAUGGAAGAAUGAGUUUGUUAAACUUGAAAAGUUCACAAUCAGUGUAUGUAAUUUUGUGAUGCGCAAGUGGCUGGUAAAUGAUGUGAAUCCAGCUUCAAAUAUUCUUAAGCUCCUAGCUGUGAUGGAUGAGGCACUAUUGAAACCUAACCGAGUAGAUUUUGAACGCCUUUUGUGGGCAUGCACACGAGAUAGCCAUUACACUGUGGCUAAGGAGUUCUAUAGUAAAAUAAGGGACAUGAACAAUGACAUAAGCUUAUCUGUAUGUAAUCAUGUGAUAUGGCUGAUGGGCAAGGCGAAAAAAUGGUGGGCAGCUCUUGGGGUCUUCGAGGACUUGCUGGAGAUUGGUCCUAACCCAAACAAUCUAUCAUAUGAACUGAUCCUAUCUCAUUUCAACUUUCUGCUAACUGCUGCUAGAAAAAAGGGGAUGUGGAAGUGGGGUGUUAGGCUUAUCAAUAAGAUGCAAGAGAAAGGCUUAAGACCAGGAAGCAGAGAAUGGAAUGCAGUCCUUGUAGCAUGCUCUAAAGCAUCAGAAACAUCAGUUGCUGUACAGAUAUUUGCUAGAAUGGUGGAGCAGGGUGAGAAACCGACAGUCGUAUCUUAUGGAGCUCUGCUGAGUGCACUUGAAAAAGGGAGGCUUUACGAUGAAGCGCUCAGCGUGUGGGAGCACAUGGGUAAAGUGAAUGUCAAGCCAAAUUUGUAUGCAUACACAAUAUUGGUGUCAGUUUACAUUGGAAAAGGUAGUCCUGAGAUGGUUGAAUUUGCUCUCAGUGAAAUGAGAUCAGUAGGUAUUGAACCGAGUGUGAUCACUUUUAAUGCGAUAAUUUCUGCGUGUGCAAAGAAUGGUAUGGAAAAUGCUAUUUUGGAGUGGUUUCGCCGCAUGAAAGAUUACAAACUCAAGCCAAACGAAACAACUUAUGAAAUACUAGUGGAAGCCCUUGCAAGAAAUGGCAAACCAAGACUAGCAAAUGAGAUGUACUUGAGGGCUUGCGAUGAGGGAUUUCAGCUUUCUCCAAAAGCCUAUGAUGCUGUCUCACAAUCCUUACGUCCGAGUUGAACGACUGAGGGUUUGGGCUACACACUCAGUUAAGGAAAAGGUGUACCAAGUUGACAGAAAUUGUCCCUGAUCUUGCAGAUCUCCCUCGUAGAGAAGACCAUUUGAUGAGAAUUGAGAAAGAGAUAAAAAAAAAUGGCAGUCUAAAUAAAUAGAGAUGAUAUCGUCGAUGAUUUCAGGCAAUUGGUUUCAUACUUGUAUAUCCAUUUCUUUCUCUGUAACCUUGACACCCUAUUCUACUGUUAUGUUACAAUAUAUCAAUGAACGCUAACACACUGGAUUCAUUAUCA